AUGUCCUCCGCAGUCAGCAAGCGCCUCGCAGGCAAGACCGUCGUGAUCACCGGCGCCUCGUCAGGCAUCGGGCGCGCAACGGCGUUCGAGUUCGCGCGCACCGCACCCCAGAAUCUGAAGCUCGUGCUGACGGCGCGCCGCAUCGACACUCUCAAAGAAGUCGCGGCCGACAUCGCCAAGGAGGUCGGUGACGGCGUCAGGGUGCACCCCGUGCAGCUUGAUGUCAGCAAGCCCGAGCAGGUGAGGGGGUUCGUGGGCGGGUUGCCCGAGGAGUUCCGGGACGUGGAUGUUUUGGUUAAUAAUGCCGGCCUGGUCAAGGGCGUAGCCAAGGCGCCCGAAAUCGCCGAGGAGGACCUGAACGUCAUGUUCGCGACCAACGUGACGGGCCUGAUCAACAUGACGCAGGCCAUCAUGCCCAUCUACCUGAAGCGGCCCAACGGCGGCUCCGGCGACAUCAUCAACAUCGGCAGCAUCGCCGGUCGCGAGCCCUACGUCGGUGGGAGCAUCUACUGCGCGACCAAGGCGGCCGUUCGCAGCUUCACCGACUCGCUCAGGAAGGAACUCAUUGCCAGCCGGAUCCGGGUCAUGGAGAUUGACCCGGGCCAGGUCGAGACGGAGUUCUCCGUCGUUCGGUUCUACGGCGAUAAAUCCAAGGCAGAUGCCGUCUACGCCGGUUGUGAUCCUUUAACACCAGACGACAUUGCUGAAGUGGUUGUCUUCGUUGCGGGAAGAAAAGAGAACAUCGUCGUGGCUGAUACCCUUGUCUAUCCUAGCCACCAAGGCGGGGCUGGUGCAUUACACAGGAAGUCAUGA